AUGAUGUUGGAUUCUUACUCUAUCGAGCGAAAAGCAAUUGAUAUUUCUGGUCGAUUAGGUUCAUUUUAUGAUGCAUCAUAUGAUAAAUUGACUGAAAAAUACAUCUUGAAUCCAUCUAAGGUGGAAAAAGUCGAGGAAUCUUGUUCACAUAAAAUACUUUCAGGUGAUCAGUCAAUUGAUUUAUUAGAUUAUCUUGAAGAUUUUGGUUUUAAUGAUGAUCUUCGACAAAGUAUUCUUCUUGGUAUGGUCAAUCUAUCAGGAGUUAGUUCUUUACUUAAUUAUAAUCGACCUAUUGAUAAUAAUACUCGUUUUCUAUAUUAUUCAUAUAAAAGCAAAAUAGAAGAACUGUUUGUUACAGCCGGAAAAACAGAUCAAUUUAAUCGACCUUCUAUUUCACCUCAUGCGACUCAUAUGAUCACUAAAAUAUUAUGGGGAAUAGAAAUUUUAUGUAUUAUACAACUUCCGAAUAAUCAAUCUGUAAAAACUAUUGAAAAUUCACUUUGGAGUAUUUUCAAUCGAUUGCAAAGUAGUGACAGUACUUUUGUUCUAAGUGAUACUGAAAAACAUCAACUGUCUGCACUAGUUAAUAUUGAAAUGUAUGGAUCACAAACAUGCAUCAAAAAUUCGAAUACAACAUUAUUAACCAUUCUGAAUAAACUACAAGAAUGGCAGAAAGAUGAAUAUUUUCAUCAUCCACUUCUAUAUACAAUGCAUUCAUUAAGAUGGCUUUAUGAUAAUGGUCAAUAUCCAGGAACAUACCAUCUAACUGAUCAGACUCAAUCUAAUAUGGCAAGAGUUAAAAGUUUCAUCUUUUCGAUAGAUAAGUCAAUAAAAUAUAUCAAUCGAUUGUUAGAAAAAAUUCCAAAAAAUAUUUCAUAUCCUGAAUUAAAUCAACAAUGGAAACAUUAUAAAGAAGUCUUUACUAUUUUAACGGAUAAAUAUGAUAAGUAUCAAAAAUAUCUUCAACAAUCACUCUGUAAAAUUCGUCGAACAUCUUGUGAAUCAGUAGAAAUCAACAAUACAGUGUCAGACUCAUGUUAUUCAUCGUUAAAAACGGAUUUUAAGACUUUAUGUGAACAGAUCCAUGAAUAUUUUCCCAAAACAAUAUUAAUUGAACAAUUUAUUAAUAAUCAAAUUCAGUAUGUCAAAAUUUCAGAUAUUAUUUCUCAUAGAGAUGCAAAUAUGACAAUCGAAGAUAUCAAUGAAAUAUUGAAAAGUUUUUUUGUAAAAACAGAUAGUUCUGUAACACUUUGGUAUUCAAGUGAUCAACUGAAACAAAUAAAACCCGAUAAAUGGGAAGAAUUCUAUCAAAGUUUGAUCUUAGAAAAGAGUCAAGCAACACAAGAAACGUCUUUCUUUUAUAUUGACUUUAAUCAAUGGAUAGACAAAUUAGAAGACUUGUAUAUUGUACGGCUACCUAUUGAGAGAACAACAACAAAAUCUCAACGUGAUCAUGCCGAAAGUAAGAAAUCUGGAUGA